CCUCUUAGUAACCACCCCAUUUCAUUCCCCACAAGUUGUCGUUCGAGGAAAAUGCAGUGUGACUACAGCCUGUCCGUAAUCGAGAAAGUACUUCUUACACUGACUUCUUUUAAAUGUGGAAUCUGUUGCCGAGUUCAUUUAACUGAUGCGCACAAGUGAGCUUUGCAAGUGACUGACUGGCAGAAAACGAGUAGUGAGUUUGGAAUCCAAGGACCCCUUUCGUUGUUUCUCCACUUUGCUUGAUGGGAGGCAUUAUGGCCCCCAAAGACAUCAUGACAAAUACACAUGCUAAAUCCAUCCUCAACUCAAUGAACUCCCUCAGGAAGAGCAACACCCUGUGUGACGUGACGCUGAGAGUGGAGCAGAAAGACUUCCCGGCCCAUCGCAUCGUGCUGGCUGCCUGUAGCGAUUACUUCUGUGCCAUGUUCACUAGUGAGCUUUCAGAGAAAGGGAAACCUUACGUCGAUAUCCAAGGUUUAACUGCCUCCACCAUGGAAAUCCUGUUGGACUUUGUGUACACAGAAACCGUGCAUGUGACGGUGGAGAACGUGCAGGAGCUGCUCCCUGCAGCCUGUCUGCUGCAGCUGAAAGGUGUGAAGCAAGCCUGCUGUGAGUUCUUAGAAAGUCAGUUGGACCCUUCUAAUUGCCUGGGUAUCAGGGACUUUGCUGAAACGCACAGUUGUGUUGACCUGAUGCAAGCCGCGGAGGUUUUCAGCCAGAAGCACUUCCCUGAAGUGGUGCAGCACGAAGAAUUCAUCCUCCUGAGUCAGGGAGAGGUGGAAAAGCUAAUCAAGUGUGAUGAAAUCCAGGUGGAUUCUGAAGAGCCCGUCUUCGAGGCCGUCAUCAACUGGGUGAAGCACGCCAAGAAGGAGCGGGAAGAGUCCCUGCCUGACCUGCUGCAGUAUGUGCGGAUGCCCCUGCUGACCCCCAGGUACAUCACAGACGUCAUCGACGCAGAGCCUUUCAUCCGCUGCAGUCUCCAGUGCAGGGACCUCGUCGAUGAGGCAAAGAAGUUCCACCUGAGGCCUGAACUGCGGAGUCAGAUGCAGGGACCCAGGACACGGGCUCGUCUGGGAGCCAAUGAAGUGCUGCUGGUGGUUGGGGGCUUUGGCAGCCAGCAGUCUCCCAUCGACGUGGUGGAGAAGUAUGACCCCAAGACUCAGGAGUGGAGCUUUUUGCCAAGCAUCACUCGGAAGAGACGUUACGUGGCCUCCGUGUCUUUACAUGACCGGAUCUAUGUCAUCGGUGGCUACGAUGGCCGUUCCCGCCUCAGUUCAGUGGAAUGUCUGGACUACACAGCAGAUGAGGAUGGGGUCUGGUAUUCCGUGGCCCCAAUGAAUGUCCGACGAGGCCUUGCCGGUGCCACCACCCUAGGAGAUAUGAUCUACGUCUCUGGAGGCUUUGACGGGAGCAGGCGUCACACCAGCAUGGAGCGCUAUGACCCCAACAUUGACCAGUGGAGCAUGCUGGGAGAUAUGCAGACAGCCCGGGAAGGCGCGGGGCUGGUGGUGGCCGGCGGCGUGAUCUACUGUCUAGGAGGAUACGACGGCUUGAAUAUCUUAAAUUCAGUUGAGAAAUAUGACCCCCAUACAGGACACUGGACUAAUGUCACACCGAUGGCCACCAAGCGCUCUGGUGCAGGAGUAGCCCUGCUGAAUGACCAUAUUUAUGUGGUGGGGGGAUUUGAUGGCACAGCCCACCUUUCCUCCGUUGAAGCGUACAACAUCCGUACCGAUUCCUGGACGGCUGUCACCUGCAUGACCACCCCUCGAUGCUAUGUGGGGGCCACGGUGCUUCGGGGUCGGCUUUAUGCAAUUGCAGGAUAUGAUGGGAACUCCCUGCUGAGCAGCAUCGAGUGCUAUGACCCUGUCAUCGACAGCUGGGAAGUGGUGACCUCCAUGGGAACCCAGCGCUGUGAUGCUGGCGUGUGUGUGCUCCGAGAGAAGUGACCUGUUGGAGCUCCAUCCAGAGCUAGUGACCAGUCCAGGGGCCAGAUAGCAGGAGAAUCAAGGAUCGUGCCCAGAAUGUCUGCUGCUCGCUGUGUGCUCAGGGCGAUUACAAGCACCGGUGCCAUGAUGAUGGUCUUUAUUUGCACACACUCCCCCUCGCGCUGGGAAUUGUCCCUGAGUAGAGUGGUGAACGGACACUCACGGGAAAAGAAUGCACUGAGUGGAGGUGUGAGGCCAGGCCACCUCCUGUCUGGGCAGCACUCUCUGGUCGUGUCUGACUCACCACGUGCUUGGGAGGACAUGCAUACGUUGCGCCCGUGUGUUGCAGAGAACGAAGGUGAGGGUGGCCUACUAGAGGUGGGCAGUGUCCAGCCGACGUCUGGAUUGGAAGGAUUCCAACCUGAGUCAGCCUGAUAAAGUGCAAGUCCUGUUUUCCAGGAAUAAGUAUCUUUCCUGGUCUGCAGGUAGCUGCAGCACAGCUCUGUUCUGGAGGGGAACCCAGGGAAGCGCCCCGUCACAGCUGUGGGGCUUGGGAGACACCUGUGUGACACUCCCGGGGGCAGAGCUGCUGUAUCCGAACUGGGCUGAGUGACGUGACCUGAACUCGCUCGUGUGAGUGAGCCUAGACCUCCACAGACGUGAGGCCUGGAAGACAGGGUGGAUAUUGGAAGGGUCUUCUGAUGUCCCCGGUCUUUCUGGUCUGCAGUGUGGCUUGCCUGGCCCUGGUGCCUGUGCGAGACAAGCACGGUGAACAAGUGUCGGUGCGCCGAGUGGAGUCAGUGGGGGACAGAGAAGUACCUGUGAGUUUGUAUUUGUCACACUCCUCCCAGGGCUCGUCCCCCGCAGCCAGGUUUGCCUCGGGGAGAGGGCUUUGUGGAAUCAGAUGCUACUAUGCUGUAACAUUUCCAUACUAUUUAUUGGGGGAAGGGGUGGGGGUACAGCAGCCUGAAAGUUCAGCUACUUGGUAUUGCCCGUCCUUUUAAGCGCACACUUCUGCUAAGGGGUGGUUUUUACUGCUGUUUGGUACAUUUCGUCCUUGUCCUACUGUUGGGUUCCCAACCUGUCCUUAGAGUGAAUUAUGUUCAUCCCAGGACAGAAGAAUCAAAGGACAACCCAAAGUCCUGUGUUAUCCAGUACCUGCUCUCAGCAUUUCUGAGCCACCAUUCUAGGCUCUCCUGUGCUACAGAGUGAAAUUCUUGCUUUAUGGUAUUGGGAGUGUGGGAAUGUGAUGACCUAAACGAAAACCCUUUCCCUUUACAUUGAAAUUCCAUUUUCUCCUCUCCCUGAAUUGAAUUGACCUAAAGAGUUCAUUUCCUUUGUAUAUUUUUAAGAAAAUAUUAAAAAUAAUCUGUCUCAAA